CCAAGAAUAGGUGACGAACGCGUGUGCUCGACGGAUAAAAGGCCUUAGCUGGCUCCAUUCUCAGAGUAGUCAGCUGAUUCUCACUCAGGUCAUGUUCACAUCAUAUACACACUCACGGUUCGUCCUACCGCGGGUGGGUGCAGCAUUUCUCUGUCUCCACUAUCUUCAUUGCCGCCAGGAGCAAGCCACAGGCUCUGCGACUUCGCAAGCAUGAAAGCUGCCAGGUACUACGGCCCUCAGGAUAUCCGCAUCGAAGAUAUACCCGAACCUCAGGUUGGCGCUGGUCAAGUCAAGAUUAAGAUUGCAUGGUGAAUGACCUUGAACGGGAUCUGCGGGUCCGACCUCCACAUGUACCUUCAUGUACUAUCAGGAGUGCCAACCCUCACAGAGCCCGACAAGCUGACGGGCGAGACACUACCCAUUACGAUGGGUCAUGAGAUGUCUGGAACAAUCGUGGACAUUGGUGGAGACGUAGAUCCACAACUCUUCCCCAUUGGUAGCGGGGCCGUCGUUGAGCCGGUAUUGUCAUGCAUGAAGGCUACCUGUAACAUGUGUGUGUCAGGAACCAGGAACCUUUGUCCGGAUGUCAACUUCAUCGGCGUUGGCGGACGCGGCGGUGGUUUGGCGGAGUACAUUGUGGUAGAUGCGUACCAUGUCCAUCCACUGCCCCACGGAUUUCCUCUUGACGUGGCAGCCUUGCUGGAGCCCCUUGCUGUUGCAAGCCGUGCGGUCAGAAGGAGCGGAUUCAAGUCCUCCGACACAAUACUCAUCAGCGGAGGAGGUCCUAUUGGUAUUCUUAUACUCAAAGUCCUAAGGUCUACCGAACCAGACACGAUCAUCGUUAUCUCCGAACCAUCUGAGACGCGUCGUCGAACAGCUCUUGAGCAUGGAUGCACGUCUGUUAUAGACCCCUCCAGAGUAGAUGCCGUGUUGGCAUCGCAAGAACUGACCCAAGGCAUUGGAUAUGACAUCGCCUUUGACGCAGCUGGCGCUCAAGCCGCUCUCGAUGCUAACAUCAGCAGCCUCCGCACGGGUGGGAAGCUAAUUCUAGUGGCGUUGUGGCCAGGACCGCCUCGCCUCAACGUGAAUUUGUGCCUCACAAAGGAGCUAACUAUUAUUCACUCGAACGCAUAUAGCGGCGAGCAUCCGGGCCUCAUCAAAUCCGUAGCCGAUGGCAGAAUAUCUGGCUUGGACAAGCUGAUCACAGCGAGAGUUGCGCUAGAAGAUGUAGUAGACAAAGGCAUGCAAGCUCUCGUUCGCGAGAAGGAUUCGCAUGUGAAGAUUUUGAUUCAUCCAUGAGAAGGCCGCCAAGGCGAUGAGUCACGUUUCUGAGGAAAGUGUAUAGUAUAAAUAUGGGUGCUGCGUAUGGUUCUUCGGGGACGCGAAAUAAAC